UGUCGAAUGUCUGUAACCAAAAUAGCUAGGUACAUGGAUAUAGAUUACGCACCAACAUGCCUGCUGCCUGCAUGUGUAGAUGUACGGGUACGAGUAUGGUGCAACUACUGAUUGGUUAGGCAGCAGGCGCCCAUGGAUCAGCAGCAGCAGCAGACGCCAUGCGUGCCCCCAGGGUUCAGGUUCCACCCCACGGAGGAGGAGCUGGUGGGCUACUACCUCGCCCGCAAGGUGGCCGCCCAGAAGAUCGACCUCGACAUCAUCAGGGAGGUGGAUCUCUACAGGAUCGAGCCAUGGGAUCUCCAAGAGAGGUGCAGCUACUACGGCGGCGCCGGCGCCGGCGGCCAGGAGGAGGAGCCCACCGAGUACUACUUCUUCAGCUACAAGGACCGCAAGUACCCCAGCGGCACGCGCACCAACCGCGCCACCGCCGCAGGCUUUUGGAAGGCCACCGGCAGGGACAAGCCCGUGCUCUCCUCCAGGUCCGCCGCCCUCAGCGUCAUCGGCAUGAGGAAGACGCUCGUCUUCUACCGCGGCCGCGCGCCCAACGGCAGGAAGACCGACUGGAUCAUCCACGAGUACCGGCUGCAAAACAACGAGCACGCGCCAGCGCAGGAGGAAGGAUGGGUGGUCUGCCGCGCCUUCCAGAAGCCGAUGCCCAACCAGCAGCAGAGACACGGCUGCUACGCCGGCGGCUUCCCGGCCGGCUACCCCAGCGUGCCCACCUACUACUACGACGGCUCCAACGCCGCCGCACACGCGCGGCUGCUGAUGAGCGGCGCUGCAGCUCCGGCGCUUCAUGACCACCACAGCCUCGCAGCGGAGUCCAAGCUGCAGGUGCAUCUCCUCGCCGACAUGCCGCCGCUCCAGAGCCCAGCGCUCGAGGCCGCCGGCCAGAGCUACGAGCAGUCUGCGGCGGAGUCGUCGGCGGUCGACUGGAACCUGCUGAGCAGCCUGCUGCCGGCGGCGCAGCUUAACUUCCAUCAGCCACCGGCUUCGCCUUCCUCUUGCUCCAAGAACAACAAUGACCUGUGAUAUAUCCGUCACCAUUCGUUAUUACUACAUUAUAUUCACGACUGAUCGAUCGAUUAUGUACUCCAUUGACGACGACUUAGCUAUAUUUUGUAGGAUCGGUGUAUUAUAUUCAUCAUUUCACUGAGAUCUAUUAUCUGGAACUGAUUAUAUUCAGCUACCAGUUACUCC